UCACUUCCUCGGGAAAAUCGUCGUUUCUCAACCCCAAACUUAUCACAGUAUGAAAGGGUAGAGAAGGAGAGAGAAAUAUCAGAGAGAAAGGGAGAAGAAGCCAUGGAUGCGGAGCAGACCUUCAUCCGAGUACAAGAGCGGUUCUCGCAGAUCCUGACGCCGAAAGUGAGAGCUGCUUUGGAGUAUAUAUACCUCUUCAUCGCCAUCACCUUGUUCUUUAUUCUCGUUGUGAUGCACGCCAAUUACGUUCAACAGCCUGGCUGUUCAAGUGAACUUUCUGGUGUCGAAACAACAGAAGCCCAAAUUAUUCAAAUUAAGAUAACUAGUGCAGGGUUGUGGUCGCAGAAUGAGUCAGAGUUCACCAAUGUGAUGGAUGAUGCCCCAGACACAAAAUCUGUAAUGAGUGGUAAAUUGGAACUGAAGACUGAUACUGAAGUUCUUGAUCGACAGACAGAUAGCUCUACCGAUAGCCUGAAUACUAUGGCAACACUUGAUGAUGCCGUUGUCAAAAAUGAAAUAAAGGAGAGACGUAGUAGUUUUCUUUCACCUAUGAAAGAUACAGUUAGGGCCGCACUUGUUAACUUUAUCAAACUGUGGAAAAUGCGUCCCCGUCUCUUUUCAGUCUUUCGGAAACAUGGAGCACAUGUCAUUGGAAAUUUAUGGAACAUUGCAGGGAUACAUUUAGAUCUUGAUAUUCCCAAGUGGUUGCGCAUACUUCAUUUGGACAGGCUUAACUUGUAUGCAGUGCAGUGGCUUGAGACCAGAAGCAAAACUUUUGAACCAACCUAUUUGUACACUAUGGAAAAGGGUUAUUUCUUACUACCUGAAAGUGCCAGGUCUCGGCAUAAUAUUCGUGCUGUAAACAUUAGCAUAUCAGCUCGGCAUUCUUGUUUUGGGAACAGGUGGCAGCAGCUACUCAUUAACAGAUUUGUUGGAUAUGAUACUAUUUUAAUAAAUAGUUUAUUGAGUUCACCUGGACAAGGAUAUCUUUAUAAUUUUCAGACAAAGGAGUUUUUUAAUAUCAGCUAUGCACAAGAACCGCCACAAGGCCCUGCAAGGUUUGGAGACUACCUUGUGACAAAAUGUGGUGUGCUUAUGAUGUCCAUUUUUGUGUUCUUUACAACCACCAUGUCUGUGUCAUUCACAUUGAGAGAGACACAGACUCGCAUGCUGAAGUUCACAGUGCAGCUUCAACACCAUGCUCGUCAUCAGCUUCCAACUUUCCAGUUAAUUUUUGUGCAUGUAAUUGAAUCACUUGUCUUUGUGCCGAUAAUGAUCGGUAUAUUAUUUUUUCUGUUCGAGUUUUAUGACGAUCAACUGCUGGCUUUUAUGGUCCUCAUACUCGUCUGGUUGAGUGAACUAUUCACGCUAAUCAGUGUCCGGACGCCCAUUUCUAUGAAGUUCUUUCCCCGCUUCUUUUUGAUCUACUUUCUUGUUUUCCACAUCUAUUUCUUUUCCUAUACUUAUGGUUUUUCGUAUUUGGCUCUUUCUACAGCUGCCGCUUUUAUGCAGCAUCUCAUUCUAUACUUCUGGAACCGUUUUGAGGUACCAACUUUACAGAGGUUCAUCCAAAAUCGACGAUCUCAGCUCCAGCAACACCCAGAUUUCCACAUUACCUCGUCAACGUUCCUUGCCUCAACGGUACAGAUCACAAGAUUGAACCCAAGAAACCCCGACCUAGUUAAUUCUGACUUGGAACCUGGACCCGGGCUGAGAUCUGGAUCAAAUCCAGCAGUACCAUCAAAUGCAGCAGAAGCACCCGGCCUUCAAGAACAGUCAGGUAACGACAACCUAGACGGGGUAGGAAACCCUCAGGCUCCCGGCCAAGCUGAUCUGAAUCAAGCAGAGAAUGGUCCCAACCCCGGCGCUAUGAAUUCAUUCAGUUCACUUCUGUUAUGGAUCUUAGGAGGGGCGUCCUCUGAAGGCGGCCUCAAUUCCCUUCUUUCUAUGUUCAGAGAUGUGAGAGAGCAAGGACAAGUUUACACGGAACCCCCUAGACAAGAAAAUCAAGACAUACAAAGGUAGCAUCAGAACAUUGCACGUAUGGACGAAGGUGAUCUUAGUUUGCUUCCUUUUGUUGUUGUAGAUCUUCAUGUAUGUGAAGUAGUAUAGCAAAAGGUUAUGCUGGAUAUACAUGUUUGUAUAGAAAUAAUACGUUACAUCGUCUUAGUUUAUCGAAGAAUACAAUCGAAAGCAAGAAUCGGAUUUGGUGAUGUCCGAUUUUGCCUAGUCAAGCUUCUCACUUGCAGGACAUUUUGGGGGUUUUAUGAAGGAGAUGGGCAUCCAACUUCGAAAUGAAAUUUCCCGUACUUA